AUUUUAGAGAGAAACUCUUUCUCUGCGCUCUCUCACGCCUCUCUCCCACACAUGCACAUAAAACUGUGAGAGAGAACUUUCCCAGUCACAGUCAGCCACUGUGACAGCGCUUUACCAGGAAAAAAAAUCUUUCCCGAGAAUUUAAUCGGAGAGUUCGAUUGCUGGGUGCCAUUUUUUGGGCUCCGGCGUUGUUGUUUUAAAAGGUUUUGGGAGAAAAAGUUGUGGUUUCUAAGCGUGCUUGGGUCGCGGAGCGGAAAUGCAAGAUAUCCAUUCGAUCGGAGGGGGCGGGAGGUUAUUCGGAACUGUCACCGGAGGCGGUGGCGUAGUAGGAGGAGGAGUCGGGGACCGGAGGCGGCCGCAUCAUCACCACCAUCACCACCCGCAACAGGGCCAUCACCAGGCGGCGCUCAAAUGUCCGCGUUGCGAUUCGCUCAACACCAAGUUCUGCUACUACAACAACUACAACCUCUCCCAGCCCCGCCACUUUUGCAAGAAUUGCCGCCGGUACUGGACUAAAGGCGGCGUCCUUCGAAACGUCCCGGUCGGCGGUGGUUGCCGUAAGGCCAAGCGUUCCAAGCCAAAGCCGGCUUCCUCCGACGCAUCUACUCCGCAGCAGCAGCAGCAGCAGCAGCGACAGCGACAGCGCAAGACCAACUCGAAUUCUAGUAGCGAGAGCUCCAGUCUCACUGCUACAAACACCAACACCGCCACGGAGGCGGUCUCAGCGGUGACCGAGGUGCCUUCUAUAAGUUCAUCUUCGAAUCUGCUGAACCUCCACGACUCCAAGUUGUUCAUUUCGAACCCGAGUUUCGAACCGGGGUUGCAGUUGGAACAAGGUCCCGACUGCGGGAUAUUCUCGGAGAUCGGAAGCUUCACGAGCCUGAUUACGGCGUCGAACGAGGCAUUGCCGUUUGGGUUCAAUUCUGUUUCGGACAUCAAUCCGUUUAGGUUGAGUCAACAAGGCCACGAUCCUCAGGAGGUUCAAGAAAACCAACAACAGCAACAGUGGCAACAACAGAAGGUGAUGAUGGGUGCCGACGAGAUCACGGGUGAUCUGCUGGAUCAGACGGUCCAGGUAGAUCUAUCAUCCUUACAGCAAAAUAGAUCAAGUGGUGGAGGAUUCGGAUCGUUGGAUUGGCAAGUGAGUGGGGAUCAAGGUCUGUUCGAUCUUCCUAACGCUGUUGAUCAAACAUACUGGAGUCAGAGUCAAUGGACCGACCAAGACCACACAACUCUAUAUCUCCCGUAAAUCUCUUUCUCGCUCUCUCUUUCUCUCUCUCUCUCACACGUUUAACUAUUAUGAAAAAAACAAAAAUCAAACAAAAUCAAAGAGAGGGCCAUAUGGAAUUAUGCAUAGGACUGAUUUUCUAUGUAAAUUGUUGAUAUCCUUUUUUAAUUUCCCUUUUUUUUUUUCUUUCUGUUUCUGGGUUUAUUUUGAUGGAAUUCAGAAGGUGUUUGAUGUUUUGAGCUU